GGAACUUUGAACGAGCGUCCAACAACCCGCAUCUUCUUGUUUUCAGCUCACAGUUUGUCCUCCUCUGUGACUUGCUCCUCUACGUGGAUCUAUAAACUCAUCUUUUCCUACCGGGAACCGAGCAGCGGAGCCGCGCCGCCCUCGGACCACCAACAAGCGGGAUCCCCUCUCCCCUUGCGUCCUCGCGCCGGAGCUGGAGCGAUGCUCGGGGCAGGAUCAUGUGCUCCAGCCGCAAGAUCCUGUGGAGCCUGCUCCUGCUCUCCCUGGUGGAAGUGGGCCUGGGUGUGGCGAGCAUCGCCCUGGGAGCGGUGUGCAUCAUCUGGGUCCGUGGGGAGCACCAGCCCCAGCAGGGCGACGCUUCUCCGGUGUGGAGCGGACUCUGUUUUCUGCUCUGUGGGGUGUGUGGAGUCUUGUGUGCUCGGAAGAGGACAGGUCUUAUUAUGAUCCUUUUCUCAGCUUGCUGCAUCUGCGGGCUGAUUGCUGGGAUUCUGAACUUUCAGUUUGUUCGGGCGCUGAGCAAACGGCCGAACCCGAUGCAGACCAUCCACCUGGCUGCUAUGACUCUAGCUUGCCUGGGGAUCUCUUCCUGUACCUUAUCCACGUGGCUCACCUGUCGACUGGCAAGCUCCGAGCAGCAGCGGAUGUUCAUGGAGAGAGAGCACUCACUGCAUCAUUCACAUGAGAUGGCUGAAAAAGAGAUCCUGGACAACUCCAGUAACGGCAUUCCUCAGGUCUCUUACAAUGGAAACACCACAGCAUCACCGUGACAAUAUCCUGCUCACAGAAACAGAAAGAUUCUGAGCUAGUAGCUCACACAUAUCCCAAAACCUGGAUCCUGACUGAAGGGAGCCCACAGAAUGGUUGUUUUCCUUCCACUGGAGGAAGAACUAGGAGAGCUUUUAUUCUUCUGAAUUUCAGUAUUAUGCAAACAUGGAUUCAGAGACCUACUCUACACCUCAAAGCAAAGCAGGGAUGUUGAACUGUUUGAGUGACAAAGCCGCCUGAAGGCAUGGCUUUCACUGGGCCAGAGUCCUCAGAGUGAUGAGCCCAGCCUAGGCAUGCAGCUAACGCUAUCUCCUCGUCCUUAUCCAGCUUCUCUGUCUAGUUCAUGGAAUGGCGACCGAGAUGGUCAGAAGUAAAUCAUACGAACCGUAUGAUAAUGAAAUGCUUUGAUAUGAACAUUUAGUGGUGUGAUGUACUGUAGCAAUGAUUGUAUAUCUAUAAAGUAUUUUUAUAAUGCUUCUUAUAAAGGUCAUUUAAAUAAAGUGUCGCUAAUCUGA